AUGGAUGACCAACUCCAAAAGGAUAAACUUGCUUAUUCAGAGAAAUGUAUCCAUUGGAACGGUGAUCGCAAGGACCAGAAAGCUUUGGAAAGGCUUCGAGCUGAAAGGCAAGCGAAGAUUGACGAACUUAAAGAGAAGACAAACUACUAUUCUACACAACAGCUCAUUCAGAGAUAUGACCCUGACCCAGCAGCAAAGGCAGCUGCUGCAACUGUCCUUGCGUCCAAGUUGGGUGCAGAUUCUGGCUUGAAAUUAUACAUGGGAGAUGAGUCUAAGCUUAAUGACCCUACAGGACAGAGUCAUGAUUUUGAAAUUGUGAAAUCCAGUGGGAUUCGUAAUAGGAAGCAAUCUCUUACCAGAUCCAGUAGCACAGAGAGUACUGUGUUGCAUCAGUCCAAUGAAGAAAUGAUUCGUUUGGCCGGAUCUGAGGGGCCUGAGAUUUCUGAGCAUAAUCAGUUGGUGGUCGAACAUGGUGAUCGCAAGGACCAGAAAGCUUUGGAAAGGCUUCGAGCUGAAAGGCAAGCGAAGAUUGACGAACUUAAAGAGAAGACAAACUACUAUUCUACACAACAGCUCAUUCAGAGAUAUGACCCUGACCCAGCAGCAAAGGCAGCUGCUGCAACUGUCCUUGCGUCCAAGUUGGGUGCAGAUUCUGGCUUGAAAUUAUACAUGGGAGAUGAGUCUAAGCUUAAUGACCCUACAGGACAGAGUCAUGAUUUUGAAAUUGUGAAAUCCAGUGGGAUUCGUAAUAGGAAGCAAUCUCUUACCAGAUCCAGUAGCACAGAGAGUACUGUGUUGCAUCAGUCCAAUGAAGAAAUGAUUCGUUUGGCAGGAUCUGAGGGGCCUGAGAUUUCUGAGCAUAAUCAGUUGGUGGUCGAACAUGGUCAAACAGGAUUGAUCACACAUGAUGGAGGAUGGAUUGCUCGAAUUGCAGCAUUGCUCGUGGGAGAGGAUCCAACACAAUCUUAUGCACUUAUAUGUGGCAACUGCCAUAUGCACAAUGGGCUUGUGAGGAAGGAGGAUUUUCCAUAUAUAACUUACUACUGCCCACAUUGCAACGCCCUGAAUAGGCCAAACCAACUUGACGAGCAUGCUUCUGGUUCCAACACUCCUACAAGCUCCUCAACAACUGUGGGUGAGGUUACAGUAAUCAACAACGCUAUUGCUUCCAGGAGUGACACGAUCUCUGAAAGUUGCAGCCCAGUGGCUGCUGCAGUGGAAACCACAGAAGAAAGCGAGAAAAUAGUAUCUGAGGCUCCUGUUAGUUAA